GAGGCGGGAGAGUGAGGGAAAGGCUGGAAGACGAGUGACAGCCCUCCGCCUGGGCCACACCAUUAUCCUGAGCUCACAUCCAGGAUCAGCAAGGGCCAAAAAAACCCCAGCCUGCAGGAUGUUUCCUCAGUGAGAGGAAAGCCACUGCACAAUGGCAGUUUUUGAUACUCCUGAGGAGGCCUUUGGCGUCUUACGUCCAGUCUGUGUUCAGCUCACAAAGACCCAGACGGUGGAGAACGUGGAGCGUCUGCAGGCACAGUUACAAGCCGUGAGUGACUCCGCCCUUCAGGAACUUCAGCAGUACAUCCUCUUCCCUUUGCGAUUUACUCUGAAGGCCCCGGGUCCCAAAAGAGAGCGCUUGAUCCAGAGUGUGGUGGAAUGCCUCACGUUUGUCCUCUCUUCAACAUGUGUGAAGGAACAGGAGCUUCUCCAGGAACUCUUUUCGGAACUCUCUGCUUGUCUGUAUUCGCCCACCUCCCAGAAACCCGCAGCUGUGUCAGAGGAGUUGAAAUUGGCUGUGAUCCAGGGCCUGAGCACAUUAAUGCACUCGGCUUAUGGGGAUAUCCUUGUGACUUUUUAUGAGCCCUCCAUUCUGCCUCGUUUAGGAUUUGCUGUGUCUUUACUGUUAGGCCUAGCAGAACAGGAGAAAUCGAAGCAAAUUAAAAUUGCUGCCUUAAAGUGUUUACAGGUUCUGCUGUUUCAGUGUGAUUGUGAAGACCAUCCAAGGUCCUUGGAUGAGCUUGAGCAAAAGCAGCUGGGGGACUUGUUUGCUGCUUUUUUACCUGGAAUCUCAACUGCACUGACCAGGGUUAUCACGGGGGACUUUAAACAAGGGCACAGCAUUGUCGUGUCUUCCCUACAGAUCUUUUACAAGACAGUGGGCUUCGUUAUGGCUGAUGAGCAGCUCAGAAGACUCUCAAAGGUCCAAGCAAAGCCUGCAGUGGAGCACAGAGUAGCAGAGCUGAUGGUUCACAGGGAAGCCGAUUGGGUAAAAAAUACCAGCGACAAGUUGACUAUCCUUAUUAAAAAGAUAAUUGAGUGUGUUUCGGUUCACCCCCACUGGAAGGUGAGACUGGAACUGAUAGACCUUGUCGAGGCCCUUCUUGUGAAGUGCAGUCAGUCACUGGUCGAGUCGGCUGGCCCCCUUCUGAAGGCGUUGGUGAGUCUAGUGAAUGAUGAGAGCUCUGAAGUCCAAGCCCACUGCAGUAAGGCUCUGAGACAUUUUGCAGAUCAGAAAGUAGUGGUGGGCAACAGGGCCUUUGCUGACAUCUUGUCGGAAAACCUACAUUCCCUUGCCACAUCUCUUCCACGCCUAAUGAACUCCCAAGAUGAUCAGGGCAAAUUCUCUACUCUCUCCUUGUUACUCGGUUAUCUGAAACUCUUGGGCCCAAGAGUGAACUUUGUCCUCAACUCUGUGUCCCAUCUCCAGCGCCUUUCCAAAGCACUUAUCCAAGUUCUAGAAUUAGACGUGGCUGACAUCAAGGUUGUUGAAGAGCGACGCUGGAACUCAGGUCAUCUGAGUGCUUCUCCGAAGACUUCAGCUGCAGGGCCACGACGUCAGAUCCAGAGGAGGUAUUUCCGCUUCUUCACCGAUGAGAGGGUUUUCCUGCUCUUGCGGCAGGUUUGUCACCUUCUGGGCUUUUACGGGAACCUCUAUUUGCUUGUGGAUCACUUUCUGGAACUGUACCACGAAUCUGCGGUUUACCGGAAGCAAGCCGCCAUGAUUCUGAAUGAACUGGUUGCAGGGGCUGCUGGGCUGGAGGUGGAGAAUCUUCAUGAAAAACAUACUGAAACAAGCCCAGAGGAACUGAGAGAGAUUGUGACGUCUAUACUUGAAGAAUACACGAGCCAAGAAAACUGGUAUUUGGUCACUUGUAUCGAAGCUGAAGAAAUGGGAGAGGAGCUAACAGUGAAGCAGUCAGGCCUCCAGGCUAUCACAUCUGGUGCUCACACCUGCCAAGUUUCAUCUUUUCUAGCCUUCUCAAACCCCAGUCCCACUAUUUGCUCCAUGAACAGCAACAUCUGGCAAAUAUGCAUCCAGUUGGAAGGGAUUGGCCACUUUGCAUAUGCACUAGGAAAAGACUUUCGUUUGCUCUUGAUGUCAGCGCUCUAUCCAGUACUGGAGAAGGCUGGAGACCAAACCCUUCUCAUUAGUCAGGCAGCUGCCAGCGCCAUGAUGGACAUUUGCCACGCUUGUGGCUACGACUCCCUGCAGCACCUGAUCAAUCAGAAUUCAGACUAUUUGGUGAAUGGGAUCUCUUUAAAUCUGCGUCAUCUGUCUCUGCACCCCCAUACCCCAAAGGUCUUGGAAGUCAUGCUGCAGAACUCGGACGCUAGCCUGCUUCCUUUGGUGGCAGAUGUGGUUCAAGAUGUCUUGGCUACUCUGGACCAAUUUUAUGAUAAGAGAGCUACUUCCUUUGUUAGUGUUCUGCACGCCCUGCUGGCAGCAUUAGCCCGGUGGUUCCCAGACACAGGUAAUCUCGGGCAACUCCGAGAGCAAAGUGUCGGGGAGGAGGGAAGUCAUUUGAGCCAAAGACUGGCAACUCUUGAGGAAGGACUUGAGAAUACCACCACAGCUGAAGACAUUGAACAGUUUUUGCUGAACUACCUCAAGGAAAAGGAUGUGGCAGAUGGAAAUGUCUCAGAUUUUGAUAAUGAAGAAGAGGAGCAGGCAGACCCUCCCAAAUUGGAAGAGAAUGACACCCGACCCGAUAUGGAACCACCACUGCCCGUGCACAUCCAGAUCGCCACGGAUGUGAUGGAACGCUGCAUCCACUUGUUGUCAGAUAAAAAUCUGAAAAUCCGCUUGAAGGUCUUGGAUGUACUGGAUCUGUGUGUGGUAGUUCUACAGUCCCACAAGAACCAGCUCCUUCCCUUGGCUCAUCGGACCUGGCCCUCACUCGUGCGCCGACUCACCAACGAUGACCCCCUGGCGGUACUCAGAGCCUUCAAGGUUUUGCGUACCCUGGGAGGCAAGUGUGGCGAUUUUCUAAGGAGUCGGUUCUGCAAAGAUGUCCUGCCAAAGCUGGCUGGCUCCUUGGUCACCCAGGCUCCCGUCAGUGCCAGGGCUGGACCAGUUUACUCCCAUACGCUGGCCUUCAAGUUGCAGCUGGCUGUCUUGCAGGGCCUGGGCCCCCUCUGCGAGAAACUGGACCUAGGUGAGGGUGACCUGAAUAAAGUGGCUGCCGCCUGCUUGAUUUACCUCAGCGCCAAACAGCCCGUGAAAUUACAAGAGGCUGCCAGGAGCGUUUUCCUCCACUUGAUGAAAGCAGACCCGGACUCCACCUGGUUCCUCCUGAACGAACUUUACUGUCCCAUGCAGUUCACACCCCCCCACCCCAGCCUCCAUCCUGUGCGGUUCCAGGGAGCCACCGAGCAGCAGAACCCAUACUCCGCCAACGUGCUCCGCCUGCUCCGGGAGCUGCAGUGACCCCGCCCCUCCCCCAGGGGCAAGCAGGCGCCAGGGGAGCCCUCCCCCACCCCUUCCUAGGACAUGGGGCUGACCCCACCCUAGCCGAAGGCGGUGGUGGCAGCAGCAGAGAAGACUUCAAAGGUGGGUUAGACAGCUGAUCAAUUUAUAAAUUGAUCGAUCACACAAAUGCUUAGAAAUUGGAUUAAAGGAAAGUAGCCAACUGUUAUUUAUAUUUCAUACCUGGUGUUUUCAAAUGACAUUGUCUGGCGGCUCUAAGGGCUUAACUCCUUAGUUUACCAUCUCUGCAGCCCCAGCCGCCUCACAGGCCACUCCACACCAGCACACCCACACCGGAGAGCUUAAGGACACGUGGGCCUGUACUCCGCAUCACAUGUGUCCUCUGAGUGCCUGAGGACCACGUGGAACCGUCACACGUCCAGGAGCCUUCAGAACAGCCCUGCACUCCUCAAAUCAUGAGGUGGAACUAACCCGUGGCACCUAACCUGUUCUUUGGAAGAAAAUGAAAUAAAGGCACUUCUUGGAUGAAAA